ACGACCACUUUUGUUUAUCUCGCAGCUAUACACAAGUCAAUAGCACCACCUAUUGUUUUGGCCGGUGAUUCGUUUGUUGCUUUUUGUGACGCACACCUCGCCGGGGUGGCUGAGAAUAGUAAAGGGUUACACAGCCUUGAAUUAUCCUGGCAUUCUAUGGAUGGAUUCUACUUGUAUUUGAUAUAUGUAUGUGGUGAUCUAACAUACGGAUUGACGAACUCCAACACGAUAAAAGUCACCAAAAAGUGGGAAGCUUUUCGCUAUUGGGAAGAACAAGAAAAUCAAGAUAUUUUUUUUGAUACAAACAAAUAUAAAUUACUAUUGAAAGUAGAGAGAAAUGACAACUCGAAUGACGAUGAAUUUUGUUGCAAGGCGGAAUAUUUUGACUCACAGGCGUUUUUAAAAAAAGCAAAAAGAUGUGAGAAUGUUACGGUUGGUCAGAAAGCCAUCCUUCAUCCCAGUUUGGCCAUGCCAGGAGAAUCUGUUUCGGUAUUCUGUAACGCUGACCUAGCAAUGAUUCCCGCAGAAGUGUCUGAAUUAGAAUCUAUCAAGUUAUCGUGGAAAAGCGAUGAAUCAAACGAAACGUGCCUUUACGCCAUUUCAAGAGACCCUGAAAAUAAUACAAACAUGUUAACUCAGAUAAACAAGCGUAGUGGAAACCAUACGUGGAUAUAUAUAAAAAGUGACCUACAACUAGCAUCUAACAUCGCUACACUAAACCGGUCUUCUUACAUAGGGAUCAAUAUCAGUGAGUUUCAACUCUCGGACUCUGGCUGGUUUUGUUGUGGUGCGGCCUACCUCACCGACCUUAAUAUGAAGAGGUACAACCAAGGAUGUCAUUAUUUAUCUGCUAAUGGGACCACACUUAGACUGCCGCCUUCUCGAAACUAUACUGUUGCAGAGUAUGUGGGUUUUGGUUUAUUAUUGUGUAUUAUGGCGUUGGCCUAUCAUUACCUUCUUUAA